CUGCAGUAAUAGAUCAAAGAUAGCUUGUUGCUCAACUGGAGAUAGAAUGGAAGCCAGUAUGGAUAUUCUAUAUCACACAGGCAUCCAAGCCAUACACUUUCUGCAAACAAGAUACCCAGGAUCGCAGGAUUGGUUCCUCUUUGUUUCUUUUGCUGCUGACCUCCGAAACACUUUCUUUGUCCUGUUUCCUAUUUGGUUCCAUCUCUGUGAAACUGUGGGAAUCAAGCUCAUCUGGGUUGCUGUGAUUGGUGACUGGCUAAACCUCGUAUUUAAAUGGAUCCUUUUUGGACAAAGACCCUACUGGUGGGUACAUGAGACCAAUUUCUAUCAAAAUAUGUCUGCUCCUGAAAUCCAGCAGUUUCCAGUUACCUGUGAAACCGGCCCAGGGAGUCCUUCUGGCCAUGCAAUGGGUUCAGCUGGUGUGUAUUAUGUGAUGGUUACAGCCAUUCUCUCUCUCACCCAAGGAAGGAAACGUCCAUCAUGGAAACAUCGCUUUUUGCAAACGGUGCUUUGGGCUGUUUUUUGGACCAUCCAAAUUUGUGUCUGUGUCUCUCGUGUCUUCCUGGCAGCUCAUUUUCCACACCAAGUCAUUGCUGGUGUCUUCUCAGGUAUUUUGGUGGCCAAAUCUUUCCAGUACAUCACUUUCAUCUAUGAUUUCAGCAUGCAGAAAUAUACAGCUACCACCAUUUUCCUCUUCUCUUUUGCUCUGGGAUUCUACCUACUGCUCAAGGUACUCGGUGUGGACCUCCUGUGGACGUUAGAAAAGGCCAAGACAUGGUGUGAGCAUCCAGAAUGGGUGCAUCUGGACACUACCCCUUUUGCUGGCCUCUUGCGCAACCUGGGAAUCCUCUAUGGCCUGGGACUGGCCCUUAAUUGUUCAAUGUACACGGAAAGCUGCAAAAGUAAACAAGGGCAGCGGCUAAACUUUCGACUGGGCAGCAUUGGUAUCUCACUUCUUAUCCUGCACCUGCUUGAUUCCUUCAAGCCUCCAGUCAACAUAGAGCUUCUCUUCUACCUGUUUUCUUUUUGCAAAAGUGUGGCUGUGCCCUUGAUAGUGGCUGCCUUAAUCCCCUACUGUGUAGCACAAUUGCUCAGGCUACAGGACAAGAAAGCUCUGUAGGUUGAAGACCAGCAACGUAUAUAAGUGAAUUGCUAGGAUGUAGAAUAAUAGGGGCCAAAACAAAGUAUUCAUGGGGGAGCCUAUUACCUAGCUAUUCUGGGCUGAUCAGCCCACAUUUGGAUGAUGGUCCCUGCUGGCUUCAGAGUAAGGCUUACUUAUUUGCCCCAAAUAUGUCAACCAGGUUCCCUAUUAUUACUGAACACUGCCAGCACAGGCUGAUUCUGGUUGUGCAAAACAUUUCUCUAUGGCGGCAAAAGAGCAUUUAUGGUUGUCACCAAGAUGAGUCCUGCCAGCAAAGCUGAUAACAUUCUCUGAAGACAUUCUGGAAUAUGUUUUAGGAUAGAGAUUGACAAUGUUAAAGGAGACUAGGAAAGGCUAUCACUCCACCCAGUUGCCAGUAUUGCUCGCAUUUCAGGAGAACAUCCCCUAGGGGUAAUUGGCUAUUGGAGUGUGAAGUUAAAUAAUCAGCCUUGUAACUGUUGUAGUGGUUUGCUAACAUUAAAUAAUGUAUGGUAUAUUUUAUGAUGGCAAAGAAGCAGGGUUGAUGAUUCAGCCCUCUUAUACAGCAUUAAUUUUCUCCAAAUUGGGGCUGCCAGUACCCAUCAGCUUGUUUAUUAGGGUGCCAGGUAGGGUUAAGGUUAAAGUUAGGAUUAAGGUUAGGGUUAGUAUAACUAGGUUUUGGUUCUGGUAAAUGUCUGCAUGGAAUGUUUCUAAAACUGUUAUCCAAAGCAUUUUGUUAUUAAUAAAGUAUGGCAUUUGUUUUGUUAGAAAAUUUAUGUUGACUUAUAUUGGAGAAAUGUGAUAAAUUAAAAUAUCAACAAUAUUUAAUUAGUUUUACAGUUCAGUUUUACAUUCCUCCAUCCUUCUUUUUUAAGGGGCAAUGAAAUACAGGUUUCACAAUUCCCACAGUACCAGAGCUCCAAGUUUGGUGAUGAACUUUAAGAGUAGUUAUUCUAUAACUUUGCAGUCUUUUCUUUUUAAUUUAUCACUUCUUUUGACUGCUGAAGGAUGGAUUACUAUUCAGUGUCAAAAGCUAACCUCUGAAAUUUUGAUACAAAUGAGAUGAACCAACUCCAUUAAUGGGGUGAAUGGAGUUUUGGAGCUUCGUUUAUGAAGAUUUAAGGUAUUAUACAGUAUAGAAAACUGUAUUUCUGGUUAGGAAAAACCUUCUUUAAAAUGCUUUUUUUUUACCAAAGCUGAGCACAGACCAUUUAUGUCAUUUGUUGAUGAAAGUU